CUUUGACAUUUGUUUUGGUGCGAAUAAUUUUCUUCUUCUUAGGAGUACAAAAGUGUAAAGAAGCGUCCUUUAAAGCCGCUCUGAGAGACAUCACAUCUAGCAUUCUUCUUCCCGACAUGGGGAAUUGCUUUAAGAGUUCGGGACAGGACGAUAUUUCGCUUUUACACGAAGAUGAGAACCCAGAUUCACCAACGACUGGCGAACCACCACCGCCAUACCAGGAAGAAGCUCCAAUAUAUAUACAAAGUCAACAUGCUCCGCAUUUAUUAUCAGAAGAACAGCAAAUACGUUUAGCACAACGGUUAGGACUUAUUCAACAUCUACCUGAAGGACAGUACGACGGAUCCAAAGGGAAGAAGAGAGAAUGUGUAAUCUGUAUGACUGACUUUAUGGUUGGCGAUCCAAUACGAUUCCUACCAUGUAUGCAUAUAUACCAUAAAGAAUGCAUAGACGACUGGUUAGUUAGGUCAUUUACUUGUCCUUCAUGUAUGGAACCAGUUGAGGCAGCACUUUUGUCAACCUACGAAACACCAGAAUAACUCAACGUGGWAUUUGUAGUUAUAUUUACAGUAUGUUAUAUUGGUGUGCGAUGCCUUAAGUAUUMAGGCAUGUCACCAUUUUAACAUAAGCACCACAAUCCUGAAACUGGUUUUCAGAAGAUCACAAAUCAACAUUGAAAGUAAACAUCAUGCCRACAAGACCUGCAUUGCUGCUAAGAAUCAUGUGACCAUUAUAAGAACAUAAAUGACUGACAAAAUAAUUGAUUUCUUAAUUGAUACACAAUAAUUAACCCAAGGAAAUUAAAAUUUUAAAUAMAAUGUCUUAUAAUUAUUAUAAUUACAAAUAGAUGAAUAUACAUAGCCAGCCGCACUUUUUAUUUGUCAGAACUGGCUAGCCAGACACUAAGAGAGUUCCAUAUUUAUUAAAAUGACGUUCCUUCAUUGUCAGAGGGAUCAAUUCCUAACAGGAUCGAACCUKGAAACAUUUAAUACUGAAAACUAAUCUCAACAAAAGGGUAUUGCUUUACUUUUGAAUAAAAUGGUCUGGUAAGCCAUUUCUGACUAUAUGGCAAGCAGUAUGGAGAUGAUCUUACUAUUACAUAGUCACAGCACACAUUGGCACUAUAGCAUGACAAACAAAUUUUGAUAUCUGGAUGCUAUAAAAGUGAGAAAGGGUUUUCGUAAAGGCACCCAGUUUAGUUUUARAAUGAAACUAUUAGUUAUUCUCUUAGCAAUAGGUAAAAGAAAAAAUAUUUCUAGAUGAUUUGAAGUUUUUACUGUUUCAGGAUGACAGAAGUCAGUCCUUAGCAGACAAGUGACCUCACAGUUUCACUUGGUAUUGCUUUAAAUUUUCUCAGGUUGUGGUCAACAUUUUCAUGAGACUAUCCAAUAUAGAAGUUCAGUCUUUGUUCUAAAGUUUUCAUUUGAUGUUUUAGAGUUUUCCAACAAAAAUUGAGCAAGACUGAAAUGGGAAAAAUGAAAAUUAAGAAUAAUAAGGGGAAUUUCAAAGCACUAUCUUAUUUAAAUUUUUUUUCUAUGUUAUUAUGUUAAGUUUUCUUGAYGUUUAGAACUAUAUUCAGUGCUCUUCAGGGAGUUCAUUUUCAAUUUCUAAGAAAAAUAUCUUUAAAGUUUGUAGUUUGAGGAAAGCUCUCUAUGGCAACUAAUUGCCAAGUGAUAUCUAUUAAUAACCAAAAUUGAGUGUACAUUUAAUCUGUGAAGCAAUUGUACACACAACUUUARAUAGUGAUCUUCAGGCUGGUUGGCAGUGAAAUGGUACAAAAAUAGCRUAAAUUGGCACUAAACAGAAGCUAUUGUAGCAGAAUAUCCUUUGAUUCCCACUGCKUUAGGUGAAUAUCAUUUACACUCUUGAACAAUAAUCCGAAAAGUACAACUUCACAGAUUAAGUACAUUCAAAAUGAUGUUCAAAGUUUUCCAAGCACUUGACAAAUGUUACGUCGAUAAUACCUGAUUAAUGCUCAAAACGUGUACAUAUCAAUUAGUGGUUUUAGUUUUGUAAAUAUAAUAACAUCUUUACA